GGAAAAGUUUUGUUGUGCUUAACUUAGAAUUGUUGUCAUAAAAAUAUUCGCCUGUGAAUUGUUUACUUCAUUUCAGAAACAACUGAGGCUGUGUCUCACAGAAAAUGGGUUCGAUUGUCUGUACACUUGCGUCGUUUGCCUGUUGCUGCUGCCCGGCAGCUGCUAACUGUUGCUGUGCAUGCUGUCCAUCAUGUCGCAGUUCCACAUCUACCAGGAUUGUCUAUACACUGUUUCUUCUGCUGGGCACCAUAAUCUCUUGUGUGAUGUUAUCAUCAGGGAUACAAGAUGCCAUGGUAGAAAAGGUUCCAUUCUUCGAUGAAGCCUGUCAGGCAGCCAAUGCAGGUACUAACUGUGAUCUGUUGGUCGGGUACCUGGCAGUUUACAGAAUAUGUUUUGGAAUGGCAGCAUUCUUCUUUUUGUUUACAAUCUUAAACCUUGGGGUCAGCUCCAGCAAGGACUGCAGAGGAGGACUGAAUAAUGGGUUUUGGGGCCUGAAAUUUCUUAUGCUAGUAGCAUUGUGGGUAGCAGCUUUCUUCAUUCCCCGCGGGGCAUUUGGAUUAGUAUUGCUCUACAUUGGUUUCAUUGGUGCCUUCCUGUUCAUUCUGAUUCAAUUAGUUUUGUUGAUUGACUUUGCACACACUUGGAAUGAGAUUUGGACAUCAAAUGCUGAAGAGGGCAGCAACAAGGCUUGGUAUAGUGUGCUGUUUCUCUUCAUGUUCGUGUUUUACGCUUUGGCAUUGACUGGAUUUAUCCUGUCCUAUGUCUUCUUCACAGAGACAAAUGGCUGUCAUCUCAACAAGUUCCUCAUCAGCUUCAACUUCAUCAUGUGUAUUGUGCUCUCUGUGAUUUCAGUUCUCCCUAAGAUUCAAGAAGUGCAACCCAAGUCAGGUCUUCUGCAGGCAUCCAUCAUCUCGUUGUAUGCAAGCUACCUGACCUUGUCUGCUCUUGCCAAUAAACCCCUUGAUGAAGGAGGUAACAGCACCAGUCAAGCCCUUUGCGGUUCAUCGUUAGGAACAAUUGAAAACUCUGAGACGCUUGCCUUAGUUGUUGGACUCGCCAUUAUGUUCAUUCUUGUUAUUUACUCAAGUCUAAGAACUGUUGGGAGUGCUGAUAGACUGGCACCAUCAAGUGGUACUAGUUCCAAUACAGGUGAUGAGGAGAAAGGAGGUCAGCAAGUGAUAAGUGAUGAAGAUGACGGUGUGGCUUACAAUUACUCCUUCUUUCACUUUAUUUACUUCCUGGCUUCCUUGUACAUCAUGAUGAUGCUGACAAAUUGGUACAGUCCCCAGGGUAGUAAUUUGAAGAACUUUCAGAAGACCGCGGGCUCAUUGUGGGUCAAGAUCAUUUCCUGCUGGCUUGGCUUUGCACUCUACCUGUGGACUCUGCUGGCGCCUGUGUGCUUUCCAAAUAGAGAAUUUGGUCGUACUAUUGCUGCAUAAUGUAUUAUCGUGAAUAAUGUUUUCUUAACCAAUUAUAUAUACUAAAGCGAGUAAUGUUGAUACAGACGUUAGGUACAUGUAUUUACGGAAGUAUUUAUCCUCAUUUCAUUUGCUGAGUGAGUUCAUUGCAGUACGAUACAAAUUUGACUGCAACAGUGAACGUUUUCCUCACAAAUGAANAG